CAUUUAAUUCUGUUACAGACAUAAUUUGCAUAUCUAAAUCCCUAGAUAACUGCAGGCUAGAGUCAUUUGAAUAAAUAUAAACUCAAAUAUAUGAUGAAAAAAAAACUUUUUAGAAACCACCUCAGCUUUCCUUUUGGAAUAGCUCUGUUGCUCAGUUGAAAAGUGAAAUAUUAUUUACGUAUGGUCCUUGAAGGCAGCACACAGACAACAGGUGUUAUCUAUUAGUUCAUGGUCCUGCUGGAUAGCAUAAAAACCAAGGCAGGAGCAUGUAGGAGGAAUUCAUGUUAGCACCGACCAUCGCCAAGAUGAAUCAGAUUUGUGGCACUUUUCUUGCAGUGCUCCUGGUGGUUUUCCAUAUUUCACCACAGGUGGUUCGGGGACAGUAUGAUCUGGGUGUCACAACUAUGGCUAGCACUGUGAUUCCAACAGAUGAUGACGCUGUCAGCGUGAUCCCAAUUGAUGAUGGCGCAGUCAGCGUGACCCCAACUGAUGGUGGCGCCGCCAGCGUGACCCCAACUGAUGGUGGCGCCGCCAGCGUGACCCCAACUGAUGGUGGCGCCGCCAGCGUGACCCCAACUGAUGGUGGCGCCGCCAGCGUGACCCCAACUGAUGGUGGCGCCGCCAGCGUGACCCCAACUGAUGGUGGCGCCGCCAGCGUGACCCCAACUGAUGGUGGCGCCGCCAGCGUGACCCCAACUGAUGAUGGUGCCGUCAGCCUGCCCCCUACUGAGAUUGGAGUGGUCUCUGCCAGUGUCUCAUCAACCAUCAAUAGUACAGUUUCUGUGACAAAUUCCACCUUCAAUUCCACCUCAGGCAGCCCUUCUGGGAAGGAUGGCGUGUAUCCGAUGCUCUUGCUCUGCCUGAUUCUGGUGUUUCCUCUUAUGCACCACUGGUCCCGGUAAAAGGCCCGGAUCAAACUGGACUUCUGUCUACUUAAAUUGUUGCCUUUCCUUUGGGGAGCUUCAUUGCCACAUUUAAGAAGCCACUUUAUAUGUUGGAGUUUGGGGACAAUUGGAUGUCUGUUAUGCACUGAACCGGUUCCUCUUAUGAUCUGGUCCAACUUGUGUAAUUUUUUUUUUUGAAAAAGCACUGUCUAAUGUUUUACAUACUGGUGAAAAUAAUUUUGACCUUAAUCUGUGUUCAUUGUGAUGUCUCAGAAAUGUGAGUUUUGAAAGGCCUUGUUAACGUUUUGUAUAAGCUAUGGAAAUUUUUAACCUGACUGAAUAAAGCUGUAUAGAAAA